UUGUUUUCUUCGGCAUACGGAGUGGACAGCAUUGAAAUAGGUGUGCCAUUUUCAUCAAGUAUAUAUAAGAUUUGCCCAACCAUUGACUUCUUCGAUUCUUGUGAUAAAGUGACCUAGGGAGGAACAUCUUUGAUACCAACGAAAAAAUGAAGUGGACGUGCUUGAUUGUCAUUGUUUGUUCCAACGUCUACGGAGCAUGCAGUCAAAGAUUUGGGCCUGCUUCUAUACUACAAGACAGCAGGUUGGAGCCAAAAGUGGAUGGUACCUUUGGUUUCCUGUACAGAACAGAAGAUGGUAUCACCAGUGCUGCUAGGGGUAAUCCGGACGGCAAGAUACAGGGGCGUUUCACAUACACCGAUCCGACAGGAUUGAAAGUCAAUUUCAACUACAACGCUGGUUCCAGAAGAGCACCAGGAUAUACCAAUGAUGGCCCAGAGGAUGACGGCACAUACGACCCUAGAAAAUAUGAAAACCCCGACCAGAAUCUCAGACCACAGCCCAAUUACCAAAACCAACCCGAACAGCCAAGAAAUACACAAUAUUCUGUUGCUGAAGAACAGGACAACCAGCAAGUGUAUAAUCCCCCACCACCAGCAAUCUCCGCAGACAUCUAUCAGCAGAGGAGGUCUAGGCCAAGGCCUCAAUUCAACGAUGUCUACGAACAACCAAGACCGCGUUACAACCCGAGAUACUAGCGUCAUAAUUUAGUGUUAAGUUAGUGGUAAAUAAAUGUAUGUAUUGAU